AUGGACACGUAUGAAAUGGACGACCUUCAAGAACGCCGAAAAUUUAACUCAGACCAAGAUACUCAGGCUGGAAAACCGACCUCUAACAACGGGACCUACUCCGCAGUGCAAGUGUGGGCGUUGGCAGUGGCGUCAUUGACAUUGUUGAUUACAGUACCACUGCUCUUCUUUCCUCGUUUCUUGGUCUUUCUUGUGGGUGCACAAGGUACCCUCACACCGCUCGAACAAUUCCUUUCCUAUCAGUUGGGCGUAUUACUUUUGGCAGUCGCUGCUGGAUCCAUCAUGGCGGUUUGUUCUUCAGUCAUGCUAUAUCGAUACAAACCUUACACGAGCCUACAGACACCGGAGGAUUCUUCUGGUACCAAUACACCUGCAAAUCAUCCUCUCAUGACACCUGUGACAAUUUGUGCUGCGCUGAGUUCUCUCAUUGCCUGGAACUCAAAGGAUAUUGGCUCCUUAGGGGUGUUCGUUUGCGUGGGUACUGGUAUAAUUGGUGCUUGGGGUUUUUGGACGCGGAUAAACGCACAUCCGCUUACUUGUUUGGCAAUAAAAAGGCAGCAAGUGUUCAAAAGAAAGAAUGGAAAGAACGCCAGAAAAAUCGUUAAAUAUACAACCGCGAGUCGUGGUUGA